AUGAAAGGAGGCGCCGCCAGAAAUAACAGAAGCCUCGGAGGGCAACAAAAUUUUCAGCCGAUUUUCGUCGUCGUUCCGGGCGGACAAAUGGACCCAAACCAGCUCCAAAACUUCAGUCAAAUGAUCAUGCCGAAUCUCCUCCAAAGCCUCCCUCAAGCGGGUGUUCCUCAAUUUCACCAAAACAAGGCGCCUGGAAAAGCAAAACGGAAGCGACGAAAAAUUGGCUCUGAAAUGACGCAGAUAAUCGGAUGUCCUUCGUUUAUCAGACCUGGGCAAGUUAACUCCCGAAAAGACAAGCCCAAGGCUUCGACUUCGAUUCAGCUGCCUGAUCCUCUGCCUGAUUGCGUCGAGAAAAUAAAAAGCAUGCCUGAUCUGCACUGCGAGAUCUGCGAUUUGACGGUGAACUCGAGGCAGCAGUUGACCCAGCACUUGGGAUCCACCAGGCACAAGAUGGUCCAGUACAGUCUGAGUAGAGGCUUGACUCCUGUGAAUAUCCCCUCGGCGAUUCCGAAAGUCGGCCAGUAUAGAUGCAAAAAAUGCGACAUCGUGCUCAAUUCAGAAGCCCAGUUGAUGCAGCAUUUAAAUUCUUAUCGACACAAGAACGCAGAUAUAGAUGCGGAGACAUUGAAAAAAUUCGAAAACGAUAUGAAAGCGCUCGAAAAAGCGAAAGAAAAAAUCAACGAAGACCAAACUGGAAACAGCGAUUUUUCAAACUGCGGAAAAGCAAGUCCGGAAAUUUGCAAGGCGCCUGAGAAACAGGUGGAGAAGGAGCCAAAACCUGUGUCGAUAUUUUGA